AUGGUUCACUUUGUAGCUCGGUUCUCGAGACCUCUCUCAGCCUCCUGGGAAACAAAAGUCUGCGGAAACAGAGCGUCUCCUGCCGGACCUCGCUCGGGAGACGCCGUCUGGGGCUGCCGAGGGCCACAGAGAGUCUCGAGUCGCUUGAUAGAGAAACCAAUGGGAUGAGGGUGGCUUAGCCAAUCAGCGGAGUAGGACAGCUCUUCCUGGGGGGAAAGGACGGGAUAAGGGUUUGGAGGUGAUGUAGAACUAAUGAUGCUUUUGCGCGAAAUUCCUGGGGGGAAUUUAAGGAUCUUGUAAUCCCAGUAUUUGGGAGGUGGAGGCAGCAGGAUCAGGAGUUCAAGGUUAUCCUUUUGUGUAUCAAGUUGGAGGGCAGGCAGGGCAACGUAAAAUCCUGCCUGUAAAUAAAUAACUAAACCUUAAUAGGAAACAAACAAAAAUCAAAGAACAGGGUGUGCAGGCGGGAGCCAGGAAGUUAAUUUGGAGGUCCGAGGAAGAACCUGAGGGGGAUUCCUAGAGCUUCGUUAACCUGGAGAAUGUAUUUAGUAGUAGAGUAUUUUGUUGGUACUCAUUGCCGUGGGUUCCAUUUCCAGCGCUACCUGUAAAGGUGAAGGUUACGUGGACAGGAUGGCAAAGAAAUCAGCCAUUUGGCAAAAUCCUAGGGAGAACUGGGUAAAAUUUGGGCUGGGGAAAUGGUUCAUUAUUGAAGCACAUGUGCUUGAGGCAUGAAGGCCAGAGUUGGUAGAAGCGGGGCAUGUCUGCUCACCUGGAAUCCCAGCACUCUGGAGGUAAAGACAGUUGAUUCCUCAAGCAAACCCACUGGCUGGGCUACCUGAGUUGGGGUGCUGCAGGUACAAGUGAGAGACCCUGCCUUGAUCUAUAAAGCCAGGGGCAAUUGAGGAAGACAGCUGGCCUCCAUACAUGGGCACAUUCGUGCAAGGACACCUACACAUUUGAAUGCACACUAUGCACGUCCUGCACCUGGGCGCCCGAGAAUGGAAUGGCAGAGCCAGGCGCAUCCAUGGCAUGAGUGAGUUGGUGACCCCGGACAGCAGUCGGGAGAAGAAAAGAACGCUGUUGCAGUUCCUCUCAGAUCAUUUCCAGGACAUCCAGACUCUGAGAGAGUACUUGCUCCAGAAACAGAUCUCAAAAGUCAACAGGGAGAAUCGAUCCUUCACUAACAUCCAGGAGAAAUAUGGCCCGUAUGUUGCAGGUGCUGUCUUCAUCCUGAAGCAGGGAGGCGCAGUGAAGUUUCAGGACAAGGAGGAAUGGAUCCGGCCAAAUAACCGUAGCCAUUUCCUCGCCGAGAUUCAGAAGUUCCAGAAUGUGCCUGUGGAGGCUGUGGAUGCCAGUGGCUGUGCCAUCAACUACCAGGGCCUGAGUAACCUCUUGCCCCUGAAGGAGCUGCGGUCCCUGUCCCUGCAGCGCUGCCCCAACCUGGACGACUGGUGCCUCAGCCGCCUCUACCUAUUGGCUGGCUCACUGCAGGAGCUCUCGCUGGCUGGCUGCCCCAGAAUCUCAGAACGGGGCCUUGCCUGCCUCCACCACCUCCAGAACCUCCGCAGGCUGGACAUCUCAGACCUCCCUGCCGUGUCCCACCCAGGUCUCACUCAGAUCCUGGUGGAAGAGAUGUUGCCCCACUGUGAGGUCCUUGGAGCUGACUGGGCCCAGAAUCUCAAGCUGGAACCAGACAAGCAGCCUCCAGACACAUCUACCCCCCUCUCUUCCUAGCCUGUGGCCCAGCUCUUGAAGGGUCUUGUGGGCUCUGUGGAGAGUCUGAAGUCUUCUCACAGUCUGGCUUCUGGUGUAGCUCAUUCAGCACGGAGCAGCAUGGGAAGAUAAGAAGACUGAGUCAGGACUGGCUGACUGCAGCCUGCAACUGGCAAACAUCUGUUGCCUGGGCAGACAGCCCUCCAUGCUGUGACAGCUGCAUGCGGCUCCACCGUUUCCCCCAAACUCUGCCCAUACACAUCAGCAGGAACUGUGGCUGACAUGAGACACUGCUGGCCUACACGGACUAGAGACCAGCAGCCCCCCGAGCCCCAUGGCAUUACCCAUUGAUUUACUGAUGAGCACCUUCAAAUGUGGGAGUCCCAGUGUGUCCGCCCACCCCACCCCCAGAUGGAGAUGAGUAUUUGAGAAAAUAUUCUCUUUCUGGCACGACCGCCGGAGAGAAUCCAAAGUAAAGAGACCUGUGCGGGGACUUUAGAGUGUAGCAGGGAGGGCAGCACUUGCCCAGCACCCAGGCUGUUGGGUGGCCAGCAGCUUCCCCUGGCACUCCUAUCAACUGUGAUUGAUCCUGGCGCCCAUGUUUCCGGUGGCUCUGUCAUGAACCCAAUACACUGUGGAAAUGUGUGAUUCUUUAUAUUAAACGUCUGCUGUUCACAUU